CUCGACCAGGGCGCUUCUCUCGAAAUAAAAUCAUCUUGGGUUUAAAUUUUUAAGUUAACCAUGGGCUUUGUACACAAAUUGAUUUUAGCAAUCGCGUUCGCGAUGUGUUCGUCGGCGGAAACUCGUAUCACGAAGCUGCAUCCACUAAUUCCGCUACAAUCAAUAUCCCUGGCAUUAGACUAUAUGCUACAACAUCCUGAAUAUCUGAAUAUAGAUAGCAUUUUCGGAGUUACGAUAGCUGAAGCCCGUUUGCGCAAUAUCGAUCACCACCUUUCGAAUUUGGAUAGUUCUAAAAGUUGGACAAGAUCUCUAUUGCAGAAUCUGAUAUCAUCCUGUAGCAUGAUAAGAAAUAAUAUGAUGAAAAUGGCGCAGAAAUCUGCAGAUGAUGAUGACAAAAUUUUUAAGAAGUUGCUUGAUCCAAGUCUUUGGUCAGAUGAUAUAUAUCCGAAGAAGUUGUCUUUGACAGAAGAUAGAAACAAUUGGAGUAUUAAAAAGAUUCGGGCGCACAUGUUUGCAGGCAGUCCUAAUGAAACAACAUCGGAUAAUUGCAUAAUUGAGAUGAUUUUAAACGCCCAUGGAUCAUUUCAUGAACAUCUAUCAACAAAAUAUAACAAUUGCUCUAUAAGUGAACACUGCGCUCAAAUUAUGAUAGAUGGAUCAGUUUCCGGUUACCCUUUGACCCACAGAUUAUUGCAUUUGAUAAUCAGCAAAAGAUUGAGAUGCUCCUUCAAAUCUGCUUCACAAAUUGGUGUAAAUUCUUCUGAGAUAUGUUCCUUAGUAUAUUCAGAAUUGUUUGCCAUUUAUAAGAACAGAAUACCAAGUUUUGCAAGGGAUCUGUUUAUUGAGCAAAUUUUGCUGUGUGGAAUCGAGGGAUAUGAAGAGUUUUUCCACGUGAACUAUAUGAGGGCUGUAAUAAAUUGGCAGAGCAAUUUAGGAUGUUGGGGUCCUUAUACAAAUCGUAUAGCUUUACAGAGGAAACGUUAUAGGAGGAAAUCUGGUCCAAUGACUGACGGAUGUGUAAAUCAUAUCACAGGACUUGCAACUGCAGCUCUGGCUGUAUACAUAGAUUUAACUAUUUUAGAAAUGUAUUCAUAA